AUGGCAGAGAUAUGGCAGCAGCAGAACAAGGAGACCGGCCUCACAGCCCACGGACUUUCUCACUCUCAUGUCUUGUCCACAGAUGAGUUCGUGGUGAUUGCCCCCACGGACCCCAUUGUGGCAGUGCUGGGCAGGGACACCACGCUGCCCUGCUCCCUGUCCCCAGCCAUGAGUGCAGAGAACAUGGAGCUGCGGUGGUUCCGUUCCAAGUUCUCAGAAGUGGUGUUCAUCUAUCAGAACCAGCGGGAGCAGAAGGAGGGGCAGAUGCCACAGUACGCAGGGAGGACCUCCCUGGUGAAGGACUUCCUCAUCCGGGGGGAGGCUGCUGUGCGCAUCGACAAGGUCCGGAUUUCUGACAAUGGGCAGUACACAUGCUUCUUCAGAAAGGGACGCUUCUAUGAAGAGGCUACUUUGGAGGUGAAGGUGGCAGGUGUGGGCUCUGCCCCUCAAGUGCACAUGGAGAGGCUGGAGGAGGACGGGGUCCAUGUGACCUGCACAGCCUUUGGGUGGUUUCCGAAGCCCCAGGUUCAGUGGAGAGACUGUAGUGGAGAGACGUUCCUAGAUUCCUCUGAGGCCCACACCCAAGACGCUGAAGGGCUGUUUCGCGUGGAGGCUUCACUGUUGGUGAGAAACAGCUCUGUGGGGAUAGUGAGCUGCUCUAUCCUCAACCCCAUCCUGGGCCAGGAGAAGGCAAAGGCCAUUUUCAUCCCAGAGCCCUUUUCUCCCCAGGCCUCUCCCUGGAAGCCGGCUUUUGCUGUGAGCCUGAGCAUAUUGGUGCUCGUCAUCCUUGGGGCUGGCUAUUUUCUCAGGAAGGAACAUUCAGCAAAGGUGCAGGCGGUGAAGGCCAGAGCCCUGAACCUCCUGGAGCUGCUGAGUUUAGAGACACUCCAGGAGGUCACAGACUUUCAAAGCUGGAACCAGGAGAAGCAGCUGUCCAUGAAGGGGUCUACCGGUGAGUGCUCCACAUCCCUCUGUCUGCGUCUCCCUGUGGUGUGUGGGAACCAUAGGUGA